AUGCUUCCUAGAGCUGGUACUAAUAUCAAUCUUAAAACUGAUCUGGGAUGGACACCGCUGCAUUCAAUGGUAAUUUCCAAGGCAAUUAUUCUCAUGGUACGUCAAAGUGAAGAGUUCAACGAGAUUAAUGCCUAUGUUAUAGGUCACUAUGGAAUCGUAACGAUGCUAAUCCAAAAGGGAGCAGACGUUAAUCUCAAAACGAAUGAUGGCUGGAUACCAUUGCAUGCUUCUUCAUAUAACAGUCAUUUCAAAGUCAUUGAAGCUUUGGCCAAAAAUGGAGCGAGCAUUGAUAUAACGGACAAAAACGGAAAAAUACCAAUCUACAUUGCCACAGGAAGAAGUCACAAGAAAGUGGUUGAGGUUUUAAAUAAAAUUGUUGCCGAUCGCAACGCUCAAACUGAUGAAAAUAGUGGAAAUGAUUUUGCGGCUACCAAAAAUGGUGACUAA